GUUCGGUGUGAUGUAAUAAGAGGUAUGCGAUUUGUUGGAGCUGUCUUCUUUAGCAGCUGUUUACUAUUUAGUAUGACUGUAACUUGGUUAUUGCUUUGCGAUUGGUGCAGCUAUCUCUUCUCUAUCAUUCCUCGAUUUUUAUUUAUUCAAAGAUUGUGAUGAAGUUUUGAUUUAGUGAUAACCAACUAAGCUACCUAACCAAUAUAUACGAUGGUAUUUAGCAGGAGUGAUGUGAAAAGAAGGAACAAAUAUGCCCAUGAUCCCUUGGCAGAAAAUCCCAAAAGAAUUAAAGUUCAUGCCCAGAGGAAGUUCGCUCAGGGCUCUGGCAUGAACAGCCCAGUGAUGACUCCAAUUAAAGAAAAAGAAAAAGCGAAACCAAAUGGUGCACCUUCACCUCCAGAGCUAGUUCCUGUUAAACGGCCAGCAACUGAAGAUUUUCUGACCUUUCUUUGCUUGAGAGGAACUAAUGUUCUCCCUCCUCGGCUGGAUUUUUUUAAUGAUACAACUUUUGCUGAAAACUCUGAGCCAUCUAUAUCAAAUGUAUCAAAACAAGCAUCCGCUUCACCCAGUGGUGUUCAGAAAAUCAAAACUAAAAGUUCGUCUAACCAAGAAAUUAAAAAAAAAAUACUUGACCGUCGUCACACUGUUACCAAAGGAAAUGCAAUGAGAGCGCGUACUGCAAGUGAUGAACGUCAGUCCAUUAGAAAAAAGGCUAUAGAGUUAAGAAGAAUAGCUGCUCAGAGAAGAACAAAGCCUAUAAGAAAAACGCAUCCUGCAAUUUUGAAAAGAUUGGGUGCUGCAAGGCUUAGAGCAGGCCUUCGCAGUGGUGGACAGCUUCCUCCAGGCAGUGAUGCUGGAAUAAAGUCUGAUAGGAAACCAAGACGAGGGAGACCUCCUCGAAGAAGGCGUAUGAAGGUUGUUAAUAAAGAAUCGGUUGAUGAAUCCCCUGAACGUAAAGAAAAGGAAGAAAACGAAGAAAGUGAUGAAGAUUCAGAUGAACAGCCUUCCAAAGUGUCAACAAUGAGGCUAAGAACUCGAGGAUCUUCUAAUUCUCCUGCAAAACCACCGAAAACAUUAAAUAUUCUAUCUCGUCCAAGCCGUAAAACUAAAGUAGCUGCAACCUUAUAUAUGGAAAUGCUCACUAAAGAUUUAAGGAGCCCUGAUGAAGAGUUUGAUGGUGAUUAUAUUAAAGAUAUACCUGAGCCUUCAACUAGUGCCAAGAAAGAGAAAGAAGAGGAUUUUAAAGUGACACCUCCUAAGAAAACUAGGCAGCAGGCAAAAGAUGAAAAGAAUAAAGUUGGAAGACCUCACAAAAGAGUAACUAACAUUAAUUUUAAAGAAGAAGAGGACAGUGAGCUUGAUGAAGAUAAUGAACCACUUUUGGCUAGAACCCAAAGAACUCAGAAAAAAGAUGUUUCUAAAGUAGUUGCUGAAACAAGUAACAGAAGAAGAGAUUCUUUAACUCGAUCCAUUGACAGAAAAAAAUCUGAAGAUUCUCCAAAAAAUGUAAAAAGAUUGGCUGGAAAAAGAGAGCUUAGAACUCUGAAGGAAAGAAAAAAUAUGAACGAUGACGAUCAUACAACUUCAGAGGAAGAGGAAGAAAUUGAAAAAGUUUUUAAUAGCAAAAUUAAGGAAGAAAAGGUAGAUAGUAGAGGAUCAAUAGAAACAGUUAGCAAACCAUUAAUGUCAAAAAGAAAUGAUGUAAAAAAGAAGUCUGGAGCAGUAAAGCAAAGCCCAAAGGAGAAUAAAAAAGGAAAAAGAUUUUCAAGUUCUAAAAUGUCACUUGAUAGUAAUGAUGAUGCUGCUACUAGUAAAAAAAAGAAAGGACUUGAGGGUGGUGAUAAAAAAGGGAUUGAACAUGAACAAACUGAUGAAACAAACAAGUCCAAGACAGUCGACCGUAGAAAAUUAAGAAAGCAGAUAGAACAUGAAGAUGUUACAGAACCAAAACAUAAACCAGAAAAAAGGUCCAGUUCUCUGAGCAAAGAAGACAGAACUAAAAUAGCCAAGUUAUCUAAAGAAUCAACAAGCAAAGUUUCAAUGAAACUAGAAAGAGAGAAUGAAAGUGAUCAGGAUGAUGAAAAUGAACCUCUGCUCAAAAGGAGUCAAAGAAUGUUAAAAAAGGACAGUGUGUCAAAUGAAAAGAAGACCACUCCAGGGCGAACUUUGAGAAGCAAUGAACCAAAAACUGAAAUUAAUACCAAAGAUUCUCCUAAAAAAAGAGGUAGAAAAAGUUUAAAAGUCAGCAAAAAUUUAGAUGAAGAUAAUAUGGAAGAUGUGGCAUCUAUUAGUAAACCAAAAGAUAUUCUUCCCAAGAAGACCGUAGAGGAAAAAGUUGAAUCAAAUGAGGUUGUCAAAAAAGAAGUCCAAAAGAAUACCGUUGAAGCUGAAAAGAAAACUGUAAAAGAAAUAACUCCCAAAAGAGGAAGACGUGUAUCUAAUACUAAAAAUGCCAACUCAAAUUGUGAAAAAGAAGAUUUAAAAGAAACGAACGUCAAUGAAAUUUCAAAAGCUAGAAAAAGCAAUUCUGUGUUCGAAAAAGGACUUGAUAUUACUAAUAGGGUGAACAUUACCGAAUUAAGGUCAAAGAAGUUAAGUGAUGAUGGCCCAGAUAGUAAUUACACUACCAAAGCCCGAACAUCAAAAAAAUCUUUUGAGGAUCUAAAAAAUAUGGAUAUCAUCAACAAAGUUAAGAUAACUGAUUUAAAAACAAAAAAAGUAGUCGAAGAUGAAAAAGCGAUUGAUGCUACCAACAAAGUAAAAAUUAUGGAUUCUAAAGUUUCAAAAAAUGAUGCAGUAAUGGAUGAAGAUAAAAGAAUUGAUCCUUCUGGGAAGGUUAAAACUGCAGAACAUAAAAUGUCAAAAAAACCUAUUGCCGAAAAUAAAGGUAUCGAUAUUACUAAUAAAGUAAAAUUAUCUGACCAUAAAACAACAAAAAAGACUGAAAGUGAAAAUGAAAUAGAAAUUAUUAAUAGAGUAAAAAUAUCAGAUAACAAAUCUUAUAAAAAACUUAAUGAUGAUGAAAAUGAGGAAGACUCUAACCAAAAUUCUUUUGACUCUAAGAAGAAUAAAAGUUUUGACAUGGAUGAUAAAAAUAUAAUUAACACUGAAACAGAUAACCUUAAAGAAAGUGAACCAAAGAAAAGAAAGAAAUCAAUUUCUGCAAAUAGUAAUAUACUAGAUGAAAAAAAAUUAAAAAGAGUUACACGGCAAUCAUCUGGAGGGCCCUUAGAUUCUGAUGAAGUCAUUCAUGAAACUGGAGAUACAAAAUCAAACGUAUCUGAAAUCCAUCAAAGUGAUAUGACAAAGGAUGAAGUUGACAAAUCUCAAAUCAGAAGAUCAAGUUUAAGUUCUAAAACCCAAAGUAGGAAAGAUUUAGAAGGAAAAUCUUUAGAAACUGUAGCAGUUGAAAAAGUCAAAAUUGCUUCAAUUGGAAAACGGAAAUCUGCCAGUGAUAGGGAUAGCUGUGAUACAAUGAACAGUGAAAGUAGUGCAAUAGUUGAUUGUAAAGUUGUUUUAGAAUCUUUGGAAGAUGCUAGCAGAGAUGUUCAGAGGUCCUCAAAAAAGCUGAAAGCAACUUCAAAAGAUGUGAACACCGAUCAUCCGCCAAGUUGUAGCGCAGAUGAUAAAAAGGUGAAAAAUAAUGAUAUAAUUGCUGUUGACUAUAGAAAUAAUAUUGCAACUGAAAAUUCUGGCAAUAAUGAAGUAGAACUGUCAGAGGACAAAAAAGAACAAAAAGAUGAAACACAAAAACCUAAACAUUCAAUCAGUGAUACAUGGAGGCAAGCAUUUAAAAAUGCAAAAAUUCCUAAACCAGGACAGCUAAGUCCUGUUCCCCAUACGGUUAAACCAUUUGUUAGACAACAGAAGCUUCCAAAUGUUUCUCUUUUAAAUCCAUCAUUCUCUAAUAAACCUCCUGAAAUUCCUGAUACUAAGCCCAGUGAUGCUAAUAAAUCUCAUAAGAUUACAUCUAACUUAUCACCUUUCAAGGCAAUGUUAGCCACUCAGAACCAAAGGAGUAUUUCUCCUGACAUAAAAAAAAAUUCUUCUCCUGUUCAUAAAAUCAAUUUUGGAGGACGAGACAGUCCUCUUAAAAGAUGCGAAGAAAUAAAAAAUGAUUAUAAAAAACAAGAAACCCCUGUUAAAACUUUCACUCAACUUCAGUAUGAAAAAAGAAGUUCUGAAUUUAUAAACAGCAUUUCUGAUUCAGUAUCUUCAAUUUUACCAGGUUUUGAUAGUAUAAAGCCCUUUAAAAAAGAAAUAAAAAAAGAAGAAUCGAAGGAUUCAAAAGGAGACAUUAGUGAUAAUCUAUCAACAGCAUCCUCUGAGCCAAUACCAAAACCACCUCCUGAAGGUAAGCAUUUAAAUCUACCUUUGGCUGUUGAGCAUACUUUGCGUAAAAUGUCACCUGUGACAGUCAGCAAGAAGCCUGUUGUUGUCAAACCUGUGAUAGCAUCAUUGGAUCGGAAAAAUGACAGCUCUCUGUUAAGUAAACAAAAACAUGCACCAACUGAAAUAAAAAUAGAAAAUCCAUCGGAUAUUUCAGCUUCUCCUUCUGUCAGUGCUAGUUGUUCUCUUCCUUCAAGGGAUCUGAUGGUCAGAGAACCAUCAGACAUCAGUUUGAUGGCUAAAAAAAAAGUCAGCAUGACUACAGAAGAAAUCAAUAGGUGGCUUAAUGACAACACCAGCUCUGGAAUAGAGCAUAAAAAAGACUGUGGUAUCUUAGAAAAUAAUCAAUGUGAAUGUGGUUGUGGUUUUCGUUCCUGUAAAGAAGGCAUGGAAAACAGUGUUGGGAUGAGUGAACUAGUUGCCAAAGAUGAUGGAAAGAUAGACCGUGGAGUUGUAGAACCUCCAGUUCAAUUGAAAGAGUUAGACCAAGCACGUAAAUAUGAAGCAGAAACUAUUUCUACCUGUAAAGUAGAAGAUUACAAAGAAAAACUUUUAACUAAAUCAUCCAAUUCUGAAAGUAAAAUGGCACCUCCUAAACCUCGAAAAUCUUCAGGUUUCGAAAAGUUCAAAAGCAAUAGAUCAAUGACAGAUGAAGAAAUGUGUGAUUUUGAUUUUAGAUUUGAUAGGACAUCUACCAUUUCUCCUAGAGAAUCUAUGUCGGAUCUUUCAUCUAUAACACCAAGGGAUGAUGGCUCUAGUUCUUCUGAAAUGCCAGAAAGAAAGAUUUUUCAACAGAGACGGUUAGGUACGAAAAGACCUUCAUUAUCUAAAAGUCCUAGUGCAUUUUCGGCAGAAAAUGAAUCUAGUGUUUAUGCAUUCAAACCUGAUCCACCUCCAAGUAAACCUUUUCGAAGAGGCCGAGGAAAGAGUGGUGAAAAUGAAGAUGGACCGUCUAGCUCAUCAAUAGCUGUUCAAGUAAAUAUAGAAACAGAGGCUGUCCUUGAAUGUUCUACUCAGACUGAUCGUGAGAAUGAUGAGAAUGAAGGUCAUUUAUUUUAUAUACCACUCCCAGUCGGUCAAGUGGAGAGAGGACUACCUCAGGGUGUUGCUGUUAAGUUGGAUACUGAAGGACCAGACCAAAGGGUCAUCAUGAGAGCUAAACUGGUCACGAAGCCAACUAACAACUACUCCUUGCCUUCCAGUUCAAGAGCCCUUGUUACUUCUGGCCGCAAUUCAAGCCAACAGAAGCCUGAACAGAAAGUUAGGCCACUUUGGUCUGGUCGUGCCCCGAUCGGUACAGUGCAGCCAACCUUGAGAGAACAGCGAACUAGCGAUCAGGGUACCACAACAAGCCAGGAGAAAGGGCAAUCCGUUCAAUCUUCUCAAUCCAAUCAAACUACUCAAAUCAAUCAGAAUAGUCCAAAAGGGCCUGAUAGUCCCAGGAUAAAAAACUUAUCGAAACCACAGAAAGUAGAUGAAUUUCCAUUAAAUGGCACUCCUGCAACACUUGUCGAGGCUCCUACAUUCUAUCCUACUGAAAAAGAAUUUCAGGAUCCUCUCGAAUACAUAGAGUAUCUGACACCUCUUGCACAAUCUUUUGGGAUUUGUAGGAUAGUACCACCUUCAAGCUUUAAGCCUGAGUGUAAGGUGGCUGACGAUAUGAGAUUCACAGCUUAUAACCAAUACGUUCAUAAAAUGAUGGAAAGAUGGGGUCCGAAUGUGAGAGAAAUGUGUGCUAUCCGAAAAUAUUUAAGAACUCAAAGUAUUUCGCUGGUGCAGGUUCCUUCCAUUGGAAGCAUGGAAGUAGACUUGCCGAGAUUAUAUCAAACAGUUCAGCAGUGUGGGGGAUUGAAAGAAGUAAUUGAGAAAAAGCGAUGGGCUCGUGUUGCUGAUGCUAUGCGUAUACCAAAGUUGGCUCAAGAUAGAGUUACCAAAUUAGACGAUAUUUACUGCAAGUUCUUGUUGCCAUAUGAUACACUUUCUCAUGAGGAGAGAAAUAAAUUAUUAGAAGAAGUUGAGGACGAAUGGAAAGAACGUCAAAAGAGGAUAGCUGCAGCUGAAGAGGAAUCAGGAAGUGCUGAUAAUAGUAGUGAGGAGAGUGAUACUGAUGAAAGAGAGGAGUGUAUCGCUAAGGGAAGAAGUAUGCCUUUAUCUGCAUUCUUUCGUACUGCUAGGAAUACAAUGGCAAUGUGGUUUAAAGAUGGAGCCCCAACAGCUGCGGAGGUGGAAGCUGAGUAUUGGAAGCACGUUUCUCAGAAAACAUGUCAUGUGUGUGUUCAUUCAGGCUCCAUUGAUUGUGCCACUUGGGGAUGUGGUUUUCCCACCACCAAAUCGUCUGCCACAUCACGCCAUCCUUGGAAUCUUAAGGUUCUUACAAAUAAUCCUGGAAACAUUCUACGUUCGCUUGGUCCUGUUAUGGGUAUUACAGUUCCUACACUCCAUGUAGGGAUGUUAUUUUCUUCAUGCUGUUGGUACCGAGACCCUCAUGCUCUUCCAUGGAUUGAAUAUUUACACACUGGGGCUAGCAAAAUAUGGUAUGGAGUACCUGAUUCGUGGUGUAGUGAACUAAGGCAAGCGAUGUACCCACUUCUUCCCCGCCAUACCAGAGAUCGUACAAUAUGGCUCCCUUCAGAUACUAUGAUGGUACCGCCUACUUACCUUCUUGAUGGCGGAGCUUCUGUUUGUCGUGUUGUCCAAGAGCCGGGUCAAUUUAUACUUGUCUUCCCAAAAUCCUUUACUUCCAGCGUAUCAACUGGCUAUGUUGUUUCAGAAAGUGUCUAUUUUGCCCAACCUUCUUGGCUCAAUACAGCAGAACAAGUUUUUAAGGAUAUUCUUGACAGCUGUGAACCACCGGUUUUCUCUUUUCACAAACUUCUAUUUAAUAUUGCUAAUGAUGCAAGAGCUUCAGCUGAAACUCUAAACCAGGUUUUGCCAAUGGUGAAGUCUGUUGUUGAACAAGAAGUUGAAUCAAGAAAGAAACUAGAAAAACUCGGUUUAACAUCAUGGGAAAGAAUUCCGUCAUCUAAAGGGAGAAGAAAUAAGAAACAAGAAGAAGAACCAACUGACUUGGAGUGUGAUAUUUGUCGUGGGGCAUUCUUUUUGUCUAUGGUGACUAAUUCUAAUGAAGAUUGCAGUUACUGCAUAGAUAACGCAAUUGAAGUUCUUACCAAAGAUCAGAGCCUUCUCAAGUAUUGCAAAUUGAAAUUUGCUUACGAUGAAGAAGAAAUGGAGGAACUUAUUGAAAAAGUAAAGAAUAAAAUAGAAACUAAAACUCAGAAGAAACAAGCUAAAGAAAAAGGGAGCUCUAGUGGAUCUAAGAAUUAACAUUUUUUAGAAACAAGUCUAGUAAACAACCAAAACUUUGACUCAGCCUAGUCCGAAAUAGUCAAUCUUCACCAUUUUAUUUAAUAAAAUAUGAUAUUCCUGUAAGGUUACAUCAGUAUAUCAAUACAUGUAUAAAGAUCUUAGUUAAGAAAUUAAAUAUAUUUUGUAAAUAUUUGCCCCGUUUUGAUAAACUGAUGAAUUAUCUAUUAAAAUGUAAAUAAAAUCUGGCUUGUUCUAAGAGUAACCAGUUAAAAGAAUUAUUAUACCAAAGUAUUCUUUUAUAUUAGUUCCUUACAAGAAAAAAAAAAGUAAUAUAAAAGAUUAAGGAUGAUGGUAAGUUGAAAAUUGGUGCUUAGAAAGAUGUAAACUUAAAUAAAGCUUUAUCUGACAAUAUCAUAGAAAAACAUUUUUUUUUUAUUUAUCUAGAAAUUUCACUGUUUAUCAUGAAAGAUAUAUGUUUUUUAAAAUGAAAAAACUGAAUAAGUUUUCUAUAAUAAUGCUUAGUUCUCCCUUGACAUUGCCUUAAUUAAUCAUAUACCUGUAGAAUGCUUUAAAUGUAAACUAGGUGAAACAUUAGUAAUUUAUUUUUUAUAUUUGUAUACCAUAGACAUGGUCUUUCAACACUAGUGGUUAUAUAAAUUCUGUAUUAAAAUGCAUUUUAAAAACUGUUAAAUAUUUAAAACAUUUAUUACAUAUUUUUAAUAUAGAGAUUUAUGUACAUAAAGUAUUGUUUUGCUUUUUAUGAAAAUGCUUGCUUUUUUUCUUUAAUAUGGUUCGGUAACUAUUUGUUAACGAUCUAAAAACUUGAAAAAGUUUUGAGUAUUAACUGUUAAAAUAUUUAAAAGUUUGAUUUCAAAACUGUCUAUGUUAGUAAUGUAUUAUGACCAUACUUUAAUUAGGACUAUAUUCAUAAAGAAAUAUAACAUUUAUAAUUGAGGAAUUAUAGGUAAAUUUGUAAUAGUGAAAUUAAAAAAGUAAAUAUGUCAAUUUUAUUUUGUGUUGAUUAUACAUAUAGUAUACCCUGUUCUCUUAGUAACUAACUUCAAUUGCAACUUAAUAAGUUCACCAA